CUAAGUUUUUUGAACCUUCCAUAGAAUCAAUUCCACCAAAAUAUCAAAACCCUUUUCUAUUUAUUCUCUCUCAUUAUUUGUUUAAUCUACCAAAUUGAUUUAACCCUCUUAUCAAAGUUAUGGGUUUCUGCUACUUCUUCCUCACAACAGCCUGAAAACAUCAAUUUCUCACCUGGUUGUGAUUAUAGCUUUUCAGUACUUGAGAAGAAGAGAUGUAGUGCAUGUGAUUUCCAACCUUCAAUUGAAGGAUUUCUAUAAUCGUGAUGGAAUUGUCAAGAGGAAGAUUGUGCAUUUAGAUGACACGAUGCAAGAGAAAUGAUGAUGGAAAAAUUAAGGGGCCCUCGGUUGGGGAAAGAGGAGCAGUUUGGACAAUGGUGUCCCCUCUUGAAAAGGCAACAACAGUAUGGCAUGGUGACAUGAUAAAGCAUGUAGAAAGAGAGAGUGGAGGCAUUUCUGACCUGGCAACAAGUAUGGCUGUUGAUGGAAGCCAACAUAGCUAUGACUCUGAGCUGAAUGGUGUUUUAGUAUAUGGAGACAAGACAAAUGAUGAUUGUGAAAUUAAAAACAAUGUUGUGGCAGAUGAAGCUAGUGCUUUCGAGAGUUCUAAAAAGAUGUCUCCUGUGAACGAUGAGAUUGACAUUUCUGAAUUUGGAAAUGGUGUUGUCAAGGAUGAAGCUGAGGGUAAUCUUGAUACAUCGACACUGAUUUCUCCUGCAAAAGAUGAGUAUGUUGGCUUGUCGAAGUGCUCAGCCACUGAUAUAGGUUCAUCAAUGAAAGAUAAUAAUGAUGGUUAUAAAAUAAGAAAUUAUGUGGAAGCAUCUAAAGUUAUAUAUCCCAUGGAAGAUGAGAAUGGUGCAUCUAAAUUGAAAAACAAUGUUGUCAGCAGUGUACCUGAGUAUUUUGAAGCUUCUGAAGUGAUUUCUCCAGUAGAAAAUAAGAGCAAUGCAUCUGAAAUUAGAAAUGAUGUCACCAGUGGAGCUGAUGGAGGUAUGCCUUCAAUGGUGGAAAACAAUUCACCCAUGGAAGAUGAGAAUGGUGCAGCUAAAUUGAAAAACAAUGUUGUCAGCAGUGUACCCGAGGUUUUUGAAGCUUCUCAACUGAAUUACCCAAUGGAAGAUAAGAGCAAUGCAUCUGAAAGUAGAAAUGAUGGUGUCACCAGUGGAGCUGAUGGAGGUAUGCCUUCAAUGGUGGAAAACAUUUCUCCCAUGGAAGAUGGGAAUGGUACAGCUAAAUUGAAAAACAAUGUUGUCAGCAGUGUACCCGAGGUUAUUGAAGCUUCUAAACUGAAUUAUCCAAUGGAAGAUAAGAGCAAUGCAUCUGAAAGUAGAAAUGAUGGUGUCACCACUGGAGCUGAUGGAGGUACGCCUUCAAUGGUGGAAAACGGUGACGGCCACAAAGAACUUAUGAAGAGUCUUGAGUUGAGAGAUAGAAAAAAAAGCAGGUAUCUGUCCCCUCCUUAUGUGAACCUGAGCAAGGGGGUAAAAGGUUUGUCUAGUUUGAAAGAGCCGGAAACAAAAAUUUCUUGUGUUGGAGAUGGGGAGGGAAAUAGUUCUAUGUCUGACAAGCGUACGUCAUCCCCUCCAGAUGCAAAGACCGGAAGCAGAAAGAAGAGAGAGAGAAAAUAUUCAAAGAAGUCUGUCGCCACAUCUGUUAAUCUAUUGGAGAUAAGUGCACCAUCAGCUGAUUUACUCUCGAAGCUGCAUUUGGCUGCUUUAGACUGUCUGUAUCCUUAUGAUAAUGAACAGUUUGAUCCUACUGAGAUAUUCUUCAUCAGCUUUCGGAAUUCAGUAUAUCAUGGUGAAUCUAACUGUGAGGUGGAUCGGAAGCGCACAAGUGGCCAGACUCAAAAGAAAUUGGUGGAUCCUGCUGCCGGCUUGGUUAAUAAGUCUCUAGAACCCCAUGUAGGAAACUCAGGUCAAAGUAAACCUCGACCAUAUAAGAGGAAGAAAGAGGCCAAGACAACCGGGUCCGGACCUGCUGCUGCUUUGUCCGAUAAGACUCCAAAUCUUCAGGUGGGAAGCUCGAAUAAAAGUAAACCUGGACCAAAAAAGAAAAAGCGAGAAGAAGAGAAAACAAGUGGUUUUACAAGUGUGCUUCCUACUGGUCUUUUUGAUGUUAAUGUAAAUGUUGCUGAAACUUGUUCAUUCACCAUAGAAAAUUAUCCGACAGUGAAUGCAAAUCCUCAACAGAAGAAAAAGGAGGAACUGACUGCUCAACUCACCGAGGUACCUAAUCAGACAACUGCAUUUACUCUGGACUUCUCUCAGGAGACUAUUAAAACAGUUCCAUCUUCUCUUAAGGCCUCCCAAGAGCCUAAACAGGCAAAUGUAUUGUGUUUUGAGAGUAGUGAAGCAGCCGGCAUUCCAGAUUUAAAUAAUCAUUCAGUCCCUGAGGUUAUGCCUGGUCCCAAAAAGAGGGGGAGGAAAAAAGGGGUGACUCUUGCUAAAUCUAAUACUGACCAGAAUCCGGAGAAAAAAAAGAGGCGUAGGAGGCGGAAGGACGGGACUUAUGCUGAUGAUACAAUGACUAAUGUCCUUUUGACUGGUAAUGGAACUAAUGCAAAACCCAUUUCAUUGGAGGUAUGUUUGCGAAAUGUGGGCCCACAUUCUCCCAUCCCACCAACUGCAGCAGCUUAUUUGAAUAGUGCAAACAACAAUCAAGUGUCUACUCCACAAAAAUCAAUGCAACCUGCUAAAGGGAAUAAUAAUUCCCCUUCUCUCUUGAAGACUCCUGGUACUCCUGCCGGUGAAGCACCAUCUAUGGAUCAAAUUAGGAAGGAUCUCGAGUUGAUGACGGCCAUGCUGGAAAAAUCAGGGGACACUCUCUCUACUGAUAUGAAAGCGAAAUUAGAGAACGAGAUUAAGGGACUUCUGAAGAAAGUAAGCUCCAUUCCUGGCUCAUCUUAGUCGAUCAGUAACUGUAACAUAUCUAGCUUCUCUAUUCAAGCUAGUCUGAAGGACAUUGCAACUCUUGUUGAGUUGUUUUCUCUUCACAUUAUGGUCAUUAGGUUUAGUUGCUUCUCUUGUGCCGUAGUUUCCUUUUAUUUUGCAUAGUCUGGUGCAUUUGAAAUGAAACAUUAACUUAAUUUUUUGGAAGUUGCUAUGCAUUUGGCACAAAACAGAAAGUAGUGAUUAGUGAAUCAUCUUUGGGAACUUAUUGCAUGAUUAUGGGCAGUGUAUUUACUGAA